UGGUUAAGUCUCAACCCCACAUCCCAAAAGCCACACACAACACAACAUACGCUUCUUCGUCAUCUUCUUCUUCUUCUUGGUCGGAGCACCAAGAUUUUGGAAUUUCGCCUGCAAUAACUGCUCAAGUGUUUGUUCACCCACCACUUCUCUUACCUCUCAGCUUCGAGGUUAACUUGUUGAGUGAAUUUGGGUUUAUCUCUGUGUUUCUUCCUGCCAAGGCCCUGAACGAUUACGCCAGGAGUGUUGCGGAUGAGAGAUCUGUGGUGAGGUCUGUGGAAAUGGCAUCAUCCGAGGUGACGAUGAAGGGAAAUUGCUCGAACCAUAUCGACGGCGGAGCUGUGGAGGCUCAGGCGCCGGCCACGGCCAAAGACGCAGAAGCUGCACUUUUCAGGGAACUGUGGCACGCGUGUGCCGGUCCUCUCGUGACCGUGCCGCGCGAAGGAGAGCGCGUGUUUUAUUUUCCUCAGGGACAUAUCGAGCAGGUUGAGGCGUCGACGAAUCAGGUGGCGGACCAGCACAUGCCGGUUUACGAUCUCCCACCCAAGAUCCUUUGUCGGGUCAUCAACGUGCAGCUGAAGGCCGAGCCCGACACGGAUGAGGUGUUCGCUCAGGUCACCUUGCUUCCGGAGCCAAAUCAAAAUGAGAAUGACGUGGAGAAAGAACCGCCACCGCCUCCGCCUCCGCGGUUUCACGUUCAUUCUUUCUGUAAAACCCUGACAGCGUCCGACACCAGUACCCAUGGUGGCUUUUCCGUGCUGAGACGGCAUGCUGAUGAAUGCCUUCCCCCUCUGGAUAUGUCGAAGCAGCCACCCACUCAGGAAUUGGCAGCUAAGGAUCUUCAUGGAAACGAAUGGCGAUUUAAACAUAUCUUUCGGGGUCAGCCCCGUAGACACUUGCUUCAGAGUGGUUGGAGUGUUUUUGUUAGCUCCAAAAGGCUUGUCGCUGGGGAUGCGUUUAUAUUUCUUAGAGGUGAAAACGGGGAACUUCGAGUUGGUGUCAGGCGAGCAAUGAGACAACAGGGUAAUGUUCCAUCCUCAGUGAUCUCAAGUCACAGCAUGCAUCUUGGGGUCCUUGCAACUGCUUGGCAUGCCAUCUUGACGGGGACAAUCUUCACUGUCUAUUACAAGCCUAGGACUAGUCCCGCUGAAUUUAUUGUUCCGUAUGACCAAUAUAUGGAGUCUCUCAAAAACAGUUAUACCAUCGGGAUGCGGUUCAAAAUGAGAUUUGAAGGUGAAGAGGCUCCAGAGCAGAGGUUUACUGGUACAAUUGUUGGAAUUGAAGAUUCUGAUCCCAACAGGUGGAGAGAAUCCAAAUGGAGAUGCCUCAAGGUGAGAUGGGAUGAAACAUCUAACACCCCUCGUCCUGAGAGAGUUUCCCCAUGGAAAAUAGAGCCUGCUCUUGCGCCUCCGGCUCUAAAUCCUCUUUCAAUGCCCAGGACUAAAAGGCCUCGGUCUAACGCAGUUCCUUCAUCUCCAGAUUCAUCUGUCCUUACUCGAGAAGCAGCAUCAUCUAAAGUAAGCGUAGACCCUUCACCGGCAAAUGGGUUUCCAAGGGUCUUGCAAGGUCAAGAAUUCUCGACCUUGAGAGGCAAUUUUGGUGAAAGCAAUGACUCUGAUGCUGCUGAGAAAUCUGUUGUUUGGCCGCCUGCUGCAGUAGAUGAUGAAAAGAUUGAUGCUUCUACGUCAAGGAGGUAUGGGACGGAGAGCUGGAUGUCAAUGGGGAGGAACGAGCCAACAUAUUCUGAUCUUCUUUCAAGCUUUGGGGCCGGAGGGGAUCCUUCUCAUUCAUCCUUGAUGGAUCAAAUGAGCCCUGUAGCUUAUCCCACUAGAAAGCAAUCGUCGGAUCAUGAAGGCAAACUUCACAUGCCUCAGCCGUGGCCUGUAAUGCCCUCCAGUCUUUCAUUGAAUAUAUUGGACUCUAAUACGAAAGGUCCUGCACAUGGUGGUGAUCCAACUUACCAAGCUCGAGGGAAUUUGAGGUACAGUGCAUUUGGUGAAUACCCUGCUCUGCAUGGUCAUAAAGUAGAGCACUCACAUGGAAACUUGAUGCCACCCCCAUCUGCACCCCUAAAUCAAUAUCAAAGUCCUUGUUCAAGAGAAGUUAUGUCAAAACCAGUGUCAACAAAAACAUUUGAGGCUGUGAAGUUAAAAGAUGGUGACUGUAAGCUAUUUGGCUUCUCACUUAUCAGUGGCCCUAUUGUACCAGAGCCUUCUGUAUCGCAAAGAAAUGUGAACGAACCUACUGGUCAGAUGCAUCUUACGCCACACCAACAAAGAACAUCCGAAAAUGAUGAGAAGUCAGACCACUCAAAGGGCUCAAAAACUGCUGAUGAUCAAAUUGUUGAUGACCAUGAUAGACCAUUACAGACUUCUCAGCUGCAUGCGAAAGAUGGUCAAGCUAAACCCCUCAGUAGUUCCGCUAGGAGUUGCACUAAAGUUCACAAGAAGGGCAUUGCACUCGGUAGGUCAGUGGACCUUACGAAGUACACCGGCUAUGAUGAAUUAGUGGCUGAAUUGGAUCAGCUGUUUGAAUUUGAGGGAGAGUUAUUGUCAACUAAAAAAGAUUGGCUUAUUGUCUAUACUGAUAAUGAGGGUGAUAUGAUGCUUGUAGGCGAUGAUCCGUGGCAGGAAUUCUGUGCCAUGGUUCGCAAAAUUUACAUCUACCCUAAGGAGGAGAUCCAGAAAAUGAGCCCUGGUACCCUGAGCUCGAAAAAUGAAGAGAACCUGUCGGGUAGUGAAGGUGCAGAUGCAAAAGAUGUUAAACGUCUGCCGCUUCAAAAGUUCAAUUAUGAAAAUUGCCUUGACGCGUGAUGAUUAGUAGAUUGAGUUUCGCAGCUUUCAGAUUCCGGGCUGGAAAGUAUGAAAUUGUCAUGAACCCAUCCAUCCAGAUGGAGAACAUAACAAGACGAAUUAUAAUGGAGGCUGACUGCUUGAAAUCAAAUAUAUAUAUAUAUAUAGAUGGUAUGGCACGGCAUGAAAGAGUAUCCGUCCAAUUUUUGAAAUCCCGGAAUUAGUAGUAUAUUGUCUGCCCAGUUAUACGAUCUCUUAGGAUGUAAUCAAUUGUGUUUUGAGCGAGGUGAUAUCCACCUUGCCUUUUUUAGACCAAUCCCACUUGUAGUAGUUGUUGUACAUAGUUGUUUCUCUCCCAUCCUCUGAACAACCGUUAAUGUAAUGAAAUUUUAUACAAAGGGCGCUUUUAUGGUUGCUAUCCACUUUAUUUCAUUUUACUUUC